GCAAGCAAGCGGCAAUUGCUAAAAACUUCACUGGGGCAAUAAACGCUGACUCUAAAGCGUUGCCAGUUCUUGCUGUGUAUAAGCAAAAGUUUGUUUCUAUAACUCGUGCACUUAGCUCUGCUUCGGCUAAAUUAGCCGGAGCUACAAGUCUUGUGUCAGGUAGUAUGCAUGACUUAAAAGUUAAGAUACCAGCAAACUUGUCAGUAGGCGACAAACUUGCAAUUGACGCCUUAGUCCAUGAAAAGCUUCUUGGACACUAUGUCACCAGCACAACCGCUAAGGUUAAAGCGCUAAAAGAAGCAAGAAAUGCUUUAAUUCCAGCUUUCAAAUUGGAACUGGAUAAUGCGCAUACUCGUUUGCUUACAGAAAAGAACGAAGGUGCUACUGCCGAAACUAUAGAAUACUGGAAGAAAAUUGGUGACGAAAUCGUCACUUAUAAUGACCAGGAGUUUCGUAGGUUUGCCGACGCUUUUCAAGCUAAAUUAGCUCUAGGAGAUACCCCCUCCAUGGUAAGUCAAGAUUUGAGUAAUAUUGUAGAAUCUCCUCCUACUAUUACAUCUUUAUAUGAAUCUGACACGGAGUCUUUGGAAAUUAUAGAACCAAGCUCCGUCAAGCAAAAAGAGAAAAAAAGUCAAAGAAGACGGCAAAGGCAAAAAAAGACCUUCAAAAAGGUCGAAAAACAAAAAAGCCUCUCCGAACCAACAACCACCCCCGCAACGUCCCAAAGGCCCCAAGCAAAAAGGCAAAGGACCCCAAAAGACGUAAGUGUGAAUAAUAUAUCUUCCUUGAAGUAUUUACCAAUGUAUGUUUGGAAAAGUUUGGACCGUGGUGCUAAAUUUCAACUUACAAAAUACUGUACUUAUCAGCAAUGCCAAAAAGACUGGCAAGAAACCAAAGUCCACAUCGAAAAAGAACUAGCAAGGCUAAGGUCUAAGGAUGUGUCGGCGUUUUUUGUUAAUAGAGAUGUUUUAGAUAUUUCAUUUAAUGUAAUUAAAUCCCAAUUAUUUAAUAAAGAGAUAUUUAAACGUAAUCGUUUUCAUAAGUCUAAGUUUGGUAUUAAUAAAGAUUUGGAGCGAAGCUUCAAAUAUUUGGUUUGGAAUGAUUUAGUAGUACUAUGUGCGGAUAAAAAUAUGGGUCUUACUAUUAUGGAUUAUGAAUGGUAUAAUUACGAAGUUCAUAAACAUCUUAGUAACUCAAACGUAUAUAGAAAAAUGCAAGAUACUUGGACACUUGACAGUGCCGAAGUAUAUAGUGAACUUUAUCAGGAUAUAAAGAAAUGUCCUAAUCAAAAUCUUGUAGAAAUGGCAAUGGAUAAAUUUUUGAAUAACGAACCAGAACAAGAAUUUCCUCCUCCCCUAUUCUACAUUAUCCCUAAACUUCACAAAAAUCCUAUCUCUAGUAGACCGAUAACACCUAGUCACUCUUGGAUUACUAGUACGGUCUCUAAGUAUUUGUCGGACAAUUGGUCUACACAUUUACUAAGAUUGGAAUAUAUCUUGCCAAAUUCAAUUAAACUAAUAAAAGAUUUAGAAAAAUUGAAUAAUAGUCAGCAUUUGCCACUUACUGCUAAUUUGUAUACAUGGGAUGUAAAGAGUAUGUAUACAAACAUAGACCUUUGGAAUCUGCGCCUUCGUAUAAAAAAUUUAUUAAAAUAUUUGAGAGUGCCGGAUUAUCUUUCUGAUUUUCAAGUAGAACUACUUGAAUGGGUCUGUGAAAAUUCCUAUGUCAUGUACCAAAAUAAAUGGUACAAGCAAAUAACAGGUUUAGCUAUGGGUAGUGCCGUAGCACCUGUUGCUGCUAAUAUGUAUAUGGCACAGGUAUUAAUAGAAUCUUUUGGAGAACCAGGUAAUAAUUCUUGGCCAUCUAUCAUAAUGAUUAGGUCAUAUAUAGAUGAUCUUUUCGCUGUUAUGACUGAUGAGUUUCCUCUUGAUUUUAUUGGACAUAAGAUUAGUAAUGUCGCUUCUCCAUCUAAAUUUGAACUAGAAGGCGUCAUGGGUAAUAAAGUAUCAUUUCUAGACUUAGAAUUAGAAAU